GUCCGCGGCGCGGGCGGGCGGGUUUGAAUCUGGUCGGAGCGCGGGAAACGGUGGCCGUCCUGCACGAGUACCUUCUUUCAUUGACUCUAACACUUUGUGUUCCUCUUCUGAUGGAAUCAGCCUCCUUUUUCUGAGCUGACUCAGACCUGCCUGAGCAUCUUGGUAAGGAAAGGAGAGAAGUAUGACUGUUUUCUGCUAGGGUUACAGAGUAAAUGCCAUAUGAAAAACAGUUUCAUCUGUCAUGGAAAAGCGAGAGACAUUUGUACAAGCAGUGUCUAAGGAGCUGAUUGGAGAGUUUUUGCAGUUUGUUCAACUUGAUAAAGAUGCUUCUGACCCUUUCAGCCUAAAUGAAUUACUUGAUGAAUUAUCAAGGAAACAGAAAGAAGAGCUAUGGCAAAGGCUCAAGAAUUUAUUAACGGGUGUAUUGUUAGAAAGCCCUGUGGCUGAGUGGCAGACGUUGGAAGUUCAGGGUGAAGACAUUAUGGAAACAGAGCAUGAAUCAAAAAUGAAAAACAGCAUAGAAAUAAUUCAUGCAAUUACAUGUGUGGUUCUUGCUUCUGUAUCUGUAAUAAAUGAAAGUGAGAACUAUGAAGACUUACUGGAAUGUGCAGUGAUGUUGAAUGGUAUUUUAUAUGCAUUACCUGAAUCUGAAAGAAAGCUGCAGAGUUCCAUUCAGGAUUUGUGUGUCAUGUGGUGGGAGAAAGGUCUGCCUGCCAAGGAAGAUAUGGGAAAGACUGCUUUUAUCAUGCUGUUAAGGAAGAGCCUGGAGACUAAAACAGGCACAGACAUAUGUCGGCUUUGGCGUAUUCAUCAGGCUUUAUAUUGCUUUGAUUAUGAUUUAGAGGAAAGUAAAGAAAUUAAAGAUAUGCUACUUGAGUGUUUCAUAAGUGUUAAAUAUAUCAAGAAAGAGGAGGGAAGAAGAUUUCUUAGUUCACUCUUCAUUUGGAAUGUAAAUUUUAUUAAAAUGAUCCACGAGACCGUUAAAAACCAGUUACAGGGGUUACAAAAAUCUUUGAUGGUAUACAUUGCAGAAAUUUAUUUCAGAGCUUGGAAAAAGGCCUCAGGAAAAAUAUUGGAGACCAUUGAAAACAGCUGCAUCCAGGACUUCAUGCACCACGGGAUCCACCUUCCACGCAGGUCUCCUGUGCACUCUAGGGUGCGUGAGGUGCUGAGUUAUUUUCAUCAUCAAAAGAAAGUUCGUCAGGGAGUGGAAGAGAUGCUUUACAGAUUGUAUAAACCCAUCCUUUGGAGAGGACUAAAGGCCCGAAACUCUGCGGUCCGGUCAAAUGCUGCCCUACUGUUCAUUGAAGCAUUUCCUAUUAGAGAUCCAAAUUUCAAUGCUAUUGAAAUGGAUAGUGAAAUUCAGAAACAGUUUGAAGAACUUUAUAGCCUAUUAGAAGAUCCUUAUCCGAUGGUCCGUUCUACUGGGAUCCUUGGUGUUUGUAAAAUAACUUCCAAAUACUGGGAAAUGAUGCCUCCAACCAUUCUUAUUGAUCUCCUCAAGAAAGUUACUGAGGAACUGGCAUUUGACACAAGCUCAGCUGAUGUGCGCUGUUCUGUCUUUAAGUGUCUGCCAAUAAUUUUGGAUAACAAAUUAAGCCACCCACUAUUAGAACAGCUUCUGCCAGCACUGAAAUACAGUCUCCAUGACAAUUCAGAGAAAGUGAGAGUGGCUUUUGUGGAUAUGCUGCUGAAAGUGAAAGCCGUGCGGGCUGCUAAGUUUUGGAAAAUAUGCCCCAUGGAGCAUAUUUUGGCUCGUCUGGAAUCAGAUUCCCGGCCAGUGUCUCGGCGCCUGGUGAACCUUAUCUUCAACUCCUUCCUGCCCGUGAACCAGCCGGAGGAGGUGUGGUGUGAACGCUGUGUCACGCUGGUCCAGAUGAACCAUGCAGCCGCCAGGAAGUUCUAUCAGCAUGCCCAUGAGCACACCGCCUGCACUAAUAUAGCAAAGCUGAUCCAUGUGAUUCGCCAUUGCUUGAACGCCUGCAUCCGGAAGGCAGUGCUUGAGUGCCACGAGAGCCAUGAGGAGAGGGAGAAGGAGAAGGAGAACGUUCUGGACAAAACACUGUCUGUAAACGAUGUUGCAUCCAUGGCCGGUUUGCUAGAAAUCGUUGUGAUUCUCUGGAAAAGUAUUCACAGAAGUAUGGAAAAUAAUAAGGAAGCCAGAGUUUAUACCAUUAACAAGUUUGCCUCUGUGCUUCCUGAGUACCUGAAAGUCUUCAAGGAUGAUCGCUGCAAGAUCCCUUUAUUUAUGCUUAUGUCCUUCAUGCCAGCCUCCACGGUGCCUGCAUUCAGCUGUGGUGUGAUUUCCACAUUAAGAAACCAGGAAGAAGAAGCAGCAGACAAGCGUUAUUGUACUUUGUUGGACUGUCUCUGCUCCUGGGGACAAGUGGGACACAUUCUGGAACUUAUCUGCGACUGGCUGCCAGAAGAACAGCCCCAGAGCAAGAGUAACUCAGCAUCUAAACGGAAGGUGAAAAUCCAUGAUACACGCCCAGUAAAACCUGAAUUGGCUCUGGCUUACAUAGAGUAUUUGCUGACCCAUCCAAAGAAUCGGCAGUGCCUGCUCUCUGCUCCCCAGAAGAAACUUAACCACCUUUUGAAAGCACUUGAAAUGUCAAAGGCAGAUCUGGAAUCGAUUUUGCAGUUGCCAGGUGGGAAACCUCACAACUUUAGUGAAGCCAUGGCUCUGCGAGCCUUCAGCCUCCACUGCCGGCUGAGUGUCCACCUUCAGCACCAGUUCUCACAGGGGAAGGUUUACCUGUCUAUUUUGGAAGACACGGGGUUUUGGUUAGAAAACAAAGUUCUGUCUUUUAUCCAAGAUCAAGAAGAAGAAUAUCUCAAGCUUCAUAAGGUGGUUUAUCAGCAGAUCAUCCAGACCUACCUGAUGGUGUGUAAAGAUGUUGUGAUGGUUGGCCUUGGCGAUUACAAGUUUCAGAUACAGCUUUUACAGUGGAGUCUCAGAAUCAUGCAAGCAGUGAAGGGCUUCUUUUAUGUGUCAUUACUUCUUGGCAUUCUGAAAGAGAUAACUGGAAGUUCCUUGAAGCAGACACCAGAUUCAGGUGAAGAAGUUGCCACGCUGUUUGAUAUGGUCCAGAAAGUAUUUCAGAAAAUGUUGGAAUGUAUGGCAUGGAGCUUCAGGAAGCAACCAGAAGAAGGCCUACGGCUUCUUUAUUCAGUUCAGUCUCCUCUUCAUGAGUUUAUAAUGACUGUUCAGUCUUGGCACAUGGACACACCCGUCCACCGGGGCAUGCUCUCAACUGUGAUCGCUGCAUCUGUGGUGGAGAUAAGUCACCAACUACGAAAGAUUUCUAAUAUAGAAGAGCUCACCCUUCCUGAGGGGCUGUCAGACCUCCCACCAUUUUCGAGGUGUUUAAUAGGAAUAAUAAUGAAGUCUCCGGAUGUGAUCAGGUCAUUUUUAGAUGAAUUAAAGGUGUGUGUUACUUCUGAUGAUAUUGAAGGCAUUGUGUGUCUCUCAGCUGUUAUGCGUAUUAUUUUGGUUAUUAAUAAAGGUAAACAGAGGAGUUCAAAAACGAAGGAUGUUGCAGCCACUGUUCACAGAAAACUGAAGACAUUCAUGGAGAUCACGCUGGAGGAAGACAGCACAGAGAGUAUAGCAUACUGUAAACCGGACAUAAUUUCCCAAGAGGAACAGCAUACGUUUGCCAGCACAGUGGUGCAUUUAAAUGCCAAGUAUGUUAUAUUUAUUACUUUCAUAAAUAGUAUGGAAAUAGCAAUAAAUUUAUAAUUAGAAAUUUUAGAAGUAUAAAUAUUUCUUAUGGCUCAGGUUAUAUCAUGAAUUUUUCCCACCAAGUAAAUGGACUGUAAUCAUAAGCAAAUUACUUGCCAAUAUUAAUUACGCCUGUGUGUAGGCAACUUUUGUAUAGUGUCCAGCGUAAACCCCCAGCAUUAAGCCUUGUUAUUAGAACCUGAAGGGAAGGGGUUCUCCAUGACAAAAUCACCUCUGUUUGGUUAUCAAGCAUUUUAUUCUGCUGCAUGAAAUUUUAAUAGUCUUUUUAAAAUGAUUUUGAGACAGGAUGCUUUUUUAUACCUCAUUUAGAAGCAAGCUUCUGUCAUCAUCAAUGCCCAGUGGACCUUGGUAUAGAUAAUUUAAAACUAGAUGUAAAUAAAAACAGGCAUUGUUUAUCUUAUUAAUUGUUUUUCUCGGAAAAUUGAUUUUGUCUGCCCCUCCUGUGGCUGUGGUCAUGUUGGAUAUUCUUCAUUGCAUGAACACACCCUGCUGGAGGCCGUGGGGUCUGAUGGUGGAUGGGGUCAAGUCUCAGCUGCUGAGAGAGA